AUGUCGUCAUCUUUGCUGCGACAGCCUGGUGAUAUCGUCAAUGAAGUGUAUUCUGAGAAUAUUCCAUCGAUCAUCAAAUUAUGUGAUGAUGUUGGUGACGAUCCAAGUUCAAUUGUUCAAGAAACGAAACGUGAAUUACAAAAAAUGGUAACUGAGAUGAUCGCAGAAGAUGAUGCACUACUUGAACGUAAACGUACUGAACUUGCACCGAUACGCAAACGUUACGAAUCGCUCUAUCAUGAAUUGCACCCGGAUAAAACAUGUCCACCAUAUGGAAAUACGUUACCGGUUCUCCAAGCUCUACGUACUUAUGUUGAUGAGUAUAAACGAUUAAAAGCUGAACACGAAAAACUACUCGAACGUGAACCGGAUAUUCGGCGAGAAGAAAGACAAUUAUGUAACGAAUUGAAUGAACGUUCAUUGCAGCUUGAUAAUUCUGGUUUCAAUUCCAAACAACUGCUCACACAAAUCAGCCUUUUGUCCGAACAUAUCAAUGAAUUACGUGGAGAAAAAGAAAAACGUAUCGAUCAUUUAUCCGAUAUCGUUCGGGCAUUGCAUGAAUAUGAAGAAGUUUAUGGAUGGAAACGACCAACGACGGAAACUAUGGUUGGUCGAUUGUUAGCAUUAGAUCUUACACAAGUUGACCAGUAUACAUUGACAAAAGAAGCGAUCGAACUUGUCGACAAGGAAUUUACCGAAAUCAGCGAGGAAGUACGUAAAGCCGAAGCUUGUUUUGAAGAAUCACACAAACAGCUAACAGCACUGAUGCGAAAGCAUCAAUCAUUAGUACCCAAUGCUAAAGCCAUAGCAGUAACCAAGAGUAAACAAUGUCGCUUAUCAAAAUUACCCGAUCUCGUUGCAGAAGUUGAUCGUUAUACGGAACAUGCCAUGGAGAAACUAACGAGUGAUAUUUUGAAAGCACGUGAACGUAUUCAAUUAAUCCUUACUAAACUGUCCGUCGGUGAUGUAACAAACGAUUCGAAAUAUGCUGUUUUGUAUACAAAUGAUUUUACGGAGGAUGUCUAUUUCAUGCAUGAAGAACUUGCUCAAGAACUAGAAGCUCAAUAUGAAGUUAAUCGAACGAUGUAUGAACAAAUCGAAGCAUGGAACGAAUUGUUCACUGAAUUUCAGGAAUUUGAAAAAAACGCCAGUGAUCCUCAACGUUUUCAUCGACGAGGUUAUAGUGCACUCGCUGAAGAUAAAACUCGUAAGAAAUUGGAAGCCUCAUUACGAGAUUGUGAAUUACGUAUUCGACAUCUUGUUGAUGAAUAUCGAGAGAAAAAUCACGGGCAAGUGUUUAUUAUGAAUGCGAAUGGAAAGGAAAUUUCGGAUUAUAUUGCACAAAGAAAAGAAGAUUAUGCAAAAGCAAAAGAACGAGAACGUGAAGUAGCGAAAGCUGGACAAACAACUUCCACUGGCACCAUUGUUGGACGAACACCUUUAAAAACGAAACAAUUGGUCGGCGCUACACCAAGCGCAACAAUAAAACGCGCUGAACCCAAUUCAAAUUUACGGACACCACUAGCUACUGCCCGUCGUGUUGGUUUGCCGACUGGUAAAACUCCAUUGAACAACUCAACAUUCAAAACACGAGCACAAGCUAAACAAGCGCAAACGACCAAACGUGUGAAUAUGGAUGCAACAGCAUCAACACUCACUACGCCUGUAAAGCAACGCCGUCUUCUCGAUCAAAUUGCCAAUACAACUGAGAACACAUCUACACAUAGUAUAAAUGCAGGAAAUAUAACAACAGGAUUGAAAUCGUCAAUGAUGACAACACCCUCAGGAAAACGAACUUUAGUCAAACGAGGCAUUCCUACACCAAUUCGAACACAUAAAUGA